GACCGCUGCUCCGCACUGUGAGACAAGGGUGCUUUGAAACCGGUACCAUGUAUCUCCGCAGGGCUGUUGGGAAGACACUGACUUUACCUCUGAGGACCCCUCCUUCCAGCCCCCCACUGGUCUGGAAGCAAGCAUCCGUUCGACAGAUGUCAUCUAAGAGAGUCCCUGGAUUAUCUGGGUCAAAUAUGAUAUACUAUCUCGUUGUUGGUGUCACUGUUAGUGCUGGUGGAUAUUAUGCUUACAGGACUGUCACAUCAGAUCAGACUCGGUACACAGAACGUAUCAAUAACAUGCAAGUGAAAAGCACCAAAGAGGAAUCACCAGACAAGCUGCAACAUGCAGAUGAGGAAGUAAAGCCCACAGAAAACAAUGAAAUCUCUUCAGAAGCCCCUAAUGAGAUUUCUCCUUUGGAGGCUGGUUUGGCAACAGCUGAAGAAAUUCCAGAUGUAGAAGAUGCAGUUCUGGAGACUUCUGCAGUCAGUGUGGAAGCGAGCUCAGAAGAGACUCCGGCAGUCAGUGUGGAAGCGGGCUCAGAGGAGACUCUGGCAGUCAGUGUGGAAGCGGGCUCAGAGGAGACUCUGGCAGUCAGUGUCGAAGCUCAUCCAGAGAUUGGUGAAAUUGCUAUGGCCAGUGCAGAAUCAGGGCCAGAGGUUACAGAUUCAGCAGUGCUGGAGGCGGCCGAGGUCAGUGAUAAAGCUCCUAAACCCGAGGAAGUCUCGGCUGUAGAUAGUGAACUGGAGGAAGAAAAAAAUCCCCCUGAAGCUGAAACUCGGGCGGAGUCUGAGUUACAGGAAGAAACCCCUCCUCAAGCCUGAGGCUGCUUCAGCCCAAAGGGUAACCUAAUCUCUGUUUGCUACUUUAAAAAAACCCUCUAGGCUAGGAAAGGUGUCAGAAUGUGGGUGAGACUUACGUGUAAAUUCCAGCAAGAAUUACUCUUCAUUCAAGGUUACUAUCUCCACACUUUGAUGUGCUUUGAAGAAUUAUGGAGCCAUUUAAUGGGUUUGGGGAAUGCAUUUGUAAAUGUCCUAGGAAAUUUCUCCUCUGAGAUUCUUAGAGAGUGAGGGAAUCAUAGCAGGGUUUGUGACGAAAUCUGCUUUAUUGGUGUUUUUCUUUUUAAAAUUCCAAAUAAUCACAAUUAGCUAUCUAAACAACCCCAAAUUCCUUUUGAUUUUGAACUAGUAAAGCCCUUCCUGUCAUGUAGGCCUGGAUAGAGUGGCUUUUGAAUUUGAAAUCUAGUCAAUGAAAUUAAUGAACAUUUUUAUUGUUUCCAAAUUUAUUCCACGAACAAUUACAGAGAUAUUCAAUCAGAACUUGCACAUUUUAUGCCCUUAGUGAUAUUCGAACUGUGUCUAUCUUCAUUAUCCCAUCCCAACCCAAAUCAUUCUACCCUACUCCCUACCUCCAGCUCAUUUGUCUGACUUCUCUAUGUUAAAUGGGAUAGCCUGAUAUGUUUCUUUUUCCUCUGGACAAGUAUACUAAUGGAGAUUUGAAACUGGUGGCCAUCAUGACUUGUCUAAAACUAAAAAUAAGUUUCCUAUAAGGCAGUCACAUAGUUGUCUGUGAGACAAUUGCAUUCCUCACCCAAGCUUAUUUUGAUUUUCAUUAUGUGUAAAAACUCUUGAACUGUUCAUCGAAGGCUCUAAAAAUAAAUUACUAAAAUAUCUAAAUAAUGAAAGGAAAAUAGAAUCUGUUUUAAUGUUGUUCUUGAAUCCAAUUCUAACAGCACUUACCAAGUGCCUAGAAUGUACAAAGCAUUGUGCGCUGAUUGAUUCAUUGGAGUGUGGAGAAAUAAUAGGACCCAUCUAAUGGAAAAUGUUGGAUUUGGAGAAUCAGAGUUUGAUCCUGACUCUGGCACUUAAUACCUGUGUGACCAUAGUCAAAUCUUUUAGCCUCUCUGAGCCUCAGUUUGAUCCUCUGUACAAUGAUGGGAGUUAGUCUAGAUGAUCCCUAAAGCUGAUUCCAGCUCAAAACCCAUAGUACUGUAACCUUUUCAGAUAUUCGAAAUCUCUCCCUUGCUAUUUAAAAUAAUAAACAAAAAUAAAAAUAAUAAUACAGUAGGAGUUUUGGUAUGCUGGACUACUGUCAGCAUUUUUAAAAAUAUAUUCCAAAGAAAAUCACGAAGUUUUCUAAAUCAGGCUUAAUAAAGUUAUUUAAACCUAUUUUGGCAAUAGGAGAUAACCAAAGAGCAUUGAACAAAUUCAUGGAAUAUUCAGUAUUGCAAAAAUUGUGGAAAGAUAGACAUUCCAGCACCCUGUUGGUAGUCAUGAAUUGACCCAAAACUUCCGGGGGGAAAAGUUUGUAAUUAUACUAAGAAAAUGAUGAAAAAGUUUGAUAGUCUUUAUUCCAGAGAUCCCAGUGCUAGAUAUACACUCCAAAAAGUUCAAGGACUUAAAAAAAAAGUUCCUGCAUGAGCCCAGCUCCUCUUCCCCAAAUAAAUAAUCCCACUUUCCCCACUGCCUUUCAGGAGUAUGCCAGCAGCAUCAUUUCUUCCUCUUCCUUAACAGAAAGAAGGGGAGAUAACCUACCCUCUCCAACACUGUAUUUUCCCUUUGCCCUGGGGUUACAUAAAUAAGAGGGAAGAAUAAUUCUUCUAGAGUUGGUGGCCUUAUGGUAAUAUAAAUGGAGUUUAUGGUAAUAUACAUUUCACAAAAUCUCACAGUUGGAAAGGACCCAGAGAUCAUCUAGUCUAAGCCCAAAAUGAACAAGAAUCCUCUUUAUAAUAUCCCCUAACAAAUGGUAAUACAGCUUUUACUUACAAACUUAACAUCACAACUCUAGGUUUGGAAGGAAUCUUAGAAAUAGAUCAUCUGGACCUGGAGUUUUUAACUUUUGUUGUGUUAUGAAGCCCUUUGGCAAUCUGGUGAAACCUAUGGCCCCUUCUCAGUUUAAAAAAAAAAAAUGAAUAAAGGACAACUAGGUGGUGCAGUGGAUAGAGCACCGGCCCUGGA